AUGAAGGGUCAAAGUGCGAAGGUCGAUAGCAGGAAUGCCCAGCUGAAUUUGACAGAGACCGAAGAAGAGGCAAUUUUCGACCACUUCGUCCACACUGCUCAGCGCUUCAGAAACAUCUUCAUCCGUACUCUCAUCCUCAUCAACUGCUCUUACCUCAUUGCCAACUGGUACUGCGCUCUCUACGUCAAGUUCGACCAUCAUCUCAUCCGCAUCUACGACGAUCAGCACGUCAAGCAGUUCGAGUUCGUCAUCAGCCAUUAUCACUGUGUCUUCCUCAAAUUUAAUCUUAGUGCUGUCGACAAGUUCCACUUCAUCAAACAGCGUCACUUCUUUCAGCACAAAUGGAUUGUCAAGCUCCAGCGUGCUUCUCAGCUCGACGCUUACUGUAUUGCGUACUUCCUCAAGCUCGAGUGCUUCUUCGGGUUUGAGUACUUCUUCGAGCUCUGGUACUGUCUCCCCUACGACCGCAUCUUCAUUGGCAUCGAUAAGCUCUACAACAACGCCCUCUUCAAACACAACAUUAGUUUUAACCUCUGCCAGAGAGUCUCAGACUACGCCUUUGGAGGUACAGACAACAUUCCAGAGUCUUAUAUCAGAUGGUUUCUCUUCGACUUCCAGCACUCUCGCUAUCUCCUCAUCGGCAACGACGGUUGA